CGCAGUGUUAUCCGGAAAGAAAAUAGGAAAUAAAGAGCACAAUACUUUACAUAUUGGAUUUUCUGCCAUAUAAUCUAUUUCAACCGAUUAGUAUUGCUCCUAUUCUGUCUCCAAUUCCUUCAACAAACAAUACAGUAACGGCGUAUAACUAUAUCGAGUAUAUAGCAGUGUCCGUCCGUAAUCAAAUGCUGCUGUGGGUUGCAAGUGAGGAUAGCACGCUUUGUUGGUUUACAAUGUAUGUAUGGGGAACCAAUCCUUCUUUUCUUUUAUUUAGAAGAACAAACUUCAGAAUGAAAGGACAGUGUGACAAUGAAACCUCGGUGUUCUCUUCUUCGGGUUCGUAUAACGAAGUCAUCUCUUUAGCGAAGUCUCCAUCCAAGUUCAUUAAACUUAACAAGAACAGCUGGGAACUUGGAAUAUAACAGACUGCUCGGUUUGGAAGGAUUGUACUUUGUUUUCAUUCAUUAUUAUAUGAAAAAGAAAAAUAGAACAUUACAGUCGUUCUUUGUAUUCCCACUCUAAGCUUGUACAAUAAAUCGCUGUUCCUAAACAGUAGCUUGUAAAAGCGAUUGUGAACUUCCCCUGCAUUAUCUUACCUUUGUUAAAGUACACGCAGAAAAAAUGUUAAGAAAUAUUUUGCUAAAACGACGUCUUUUUUCGACUACCUCUUUCUCAAGGUUUCAAUUUUCAAGAGCUACUUAUGAACCUCCCAGCAGUUUUGAGCCGAGAGAUGAGGCCUAUAUGAACGAAUUGGAGAAUGAUAUACAUCAGAACAAUGUGAGUUUAGGUCUCAUGUUGGAACAUAGCAAGGUUCGCCAAUAUUACAGAAAGGCAGCUUAUGAACUUCCCUCACUUACAAUGUAUUCCGAACCCUACCGACCGAGAAGUGUCGACCAAGUCCUUGUCUUUGAAUCUCCUAUUGAAAUGUCGUCAACUGCAACACCAGUUUCAAAGGUUGUUUUGAAGUUCAAAGUUUCCAACCUUCCUCAUUUACAGAAUAACGAACGUCAUGUACUAAAGCUCUUAAGCGGCGUUAGAUACAAUCCGGAAACCGAUGAAGUUAAAAUGUCAUGCAAUAAAUACCCCUCCUCUCUGCAGAACAAGCUCUUUCUUGCUGAAUGCUUGAAUAGUUUGAUUUCCGAGUCCAAGCGUUUAAAAACCAAAUUCGCUGAUGUUCCCUUGGACAUUCGACAUGUAAAAAAGAAAAAGCAAGAUUUGCGCUUCCCGAAGGCUUGGCUGGAACAAUCUCUACAAGGGCCUACUGAAAAGGAGUAGCAAUAAUAAGAUGAAAAGUCAUUUUACAGAUACCAAUUCUCAUAUUACACAGUUAAAAGUAGGAUCUUCUGAUGUGUAGCUAUCAUUUAUUAUAAUCAUCACGGUGUCUUAAUUUAUAACGUUAUUACACCUUAGUCAUAAAUAUCUAAUGGUGGAAUCUUGUCAAAACCACUCAACCAGUUUUUCGAAGCAUCCUCUGAUGCCAUCCAAUGAAUGGGUAAUUCCACCAAAUGGCCUCGAAUUCCUCGUAGAAUUUGAUAGACCGCUCGUCUAUCCGGAAUCUUCAUUGGAUUUUUUUUGGUACCUUUGCUAAAAUGUCUUUUAAUAUUCUUUUCCUCGGAAUUACCGUUUUCUGAGGAUACGCCAGACAGAAAAUCAGAACUUUCUUUUUCCAUUUCGUCUUUUUCUGCAGUAUUUUCUUGCUCUCGCCAACGUUUUUGCUCUUCUUUGAAUAGUUGAGCGUACUUCUUACUCUCGUGGUAGGCAUCCCAAGUUAGUAUCGUAUCGUCUGGUACACACUUGAAUAUGUAUCUGUAGAAAAGAGUAUUAUUCUCAGCUGUUUUACACCAAAUGUUGUCAAAGAAAUCUUCGGAAACAGGAUCUUCGAAACUUGAAGCAUCAAACUUGGGAAUUUCUUCAUUCGUCAAAGGAUUUACCUCCAGCAAAGGAAUGUCAUCAAAAAAUGCAAGUCCGUUACCACAAUGCGGUCUGGAAGGCUCAAGUACCUUAUUAUGAGGGUCUUUCCGUAUCAUGGGUCUUUGAUCUCCACCAGAUUCAGGAAACUUAGAGAGUUCAUGAAGAGUACUAUCAUCACUAUUAAGAUAAGAUGGUGUUCCUCCUACUAACGCAUUAGCUGUAAGAAUCGGCCCUUUUUUAAAGUCCUUAUAACGCUCCUCUCCAAACUUCUUCUCGUAAGGAGUUGCAUUGGGUACAACACUAUAUUUUGAAAAAAGUCUAACACGUUGAUCAAACCCUUCAAUAUGCUUAUGACAUUCUUCAAGCUUUUCAGGAGGAACUUCACCAAACUUUUCAUCAGAACGGUAGCGCAGAUUAAGCUCAUCAGCAUCAAAUAUUGAGCCACCCACAUGCUUAUCCUCGUCAGGAUUCCAGGCGUCUACUCGUUUCCACUUCGUUUGCCGAUCAAGACCAUCCAUAUUGUAUUCACGUUGUUCUAGUAUAUCAGUUUCAAUCCCCAAAUGCUCUCGCAUCAGGCGAAUUCGUAAUGAGUGAGCAAACUUGCCUACUUUAUAAGGUUUUCCAUUCAUUUUAGAAUCAAUCGUCAGAGUAUCUCGUACUAUACCUGCAAUCUCAGAAUCACGGUUUCCUAAGAGGGAGCGUUCGUUAAUGUUUGCGGACCCUAUGACGGCAACCCUAUCAUCAGCAAUCAUGAUUUUUCCAUGUACGUAAAUAAGAUCGGUAGACAGUUCAUGCUCUGGUCCUAUGUGUGCCCAACCUCGAAGACCGUAAAAUUUAAGGUACUUUGAUCCAUCAAUCCCUUUUGCCUUUAGUCGACCAAAUAUUGAAUUUUCUCCUCUGCAGAUGCUUUUAUAUUGACAAUCAACAAUUAAGCGAAGACUGCUUCCUUCUUGCAUAUCAAUUUGACCCUGAAAUCCUGGAAGUAAAGGAAUUAUAAUCACACCUUUCCAUCUCUCAUUAUUUUUAUGUGCUCUGGUAAUUCUCUCAACUAAAGCAUCACCAACACGAUUUUCAAUAACAGUACCAUCACUGAUUGUAGAUGUUAUAAAGAACUGGUUUUCCACAUAGAUAAAAUGUUCACUUUUUUCAAUACACUUAACGUAAGCAUUCUGUAUACUUUGCUCAACAGAAUCGGCCAAACCUAAUGACCACAGACCAGCAGAUCUUAAAAGUUGCACCUCACAUGUUCCAGUCAAUUGUUUAUCUAUAAGUUGUUCAUUCGUGGAAUCAACGGGAGGAAUUAAUAUGGGGAUUUUCCUAGCGGGUCUUUUACACUCAAUCAAAUAGUUCCAUCUUUGAACGAAAUGUCUGGCUGCGUCCCUAGCAGGUUGUCCUAGAAUCGACAUGGAAACAUCAUGCCAACCCAUACGGGGUAUUACUGUUCGAUCAUACAUAUCCUUUUGUGGCUGCGUCAAAUCGAAAAAGUCAUGUACACGUGGAUUAGAGUAAUCUUUUCCUUUCCAAGAUUGUUCGUUAUGAACAUUCUUAUCUGGAGGGUUAACCAAUUUAUCAUCAUAGAGGAUAUGCUGGGAUGUAUCAUAACGACCAAAGCAAAGAUCAAUUCCACCUAUAAAAGCGAUGGCAUCAUCUACUACAACUAACUUUUCAUGAUGGGCCCAGAAAAGUGCAUUCUGUCGAAAAUGGGAUGGAGAACGAAUGACAAAAAUGUUCGGAUGUAACGAUUGAAGAUAGCUUUUUGUAUGAAAUGAAUCGAUAGGGACGGUAGCAUCUAUAUUUCUGUAAACCAUAAUAUAAACCUUUACACCUUCUCUGGCUUUUUCCUGUAGUAAAUGAUCGAUGCGCCACUUAUCAGCAAGGCUGUAUGGUCUUCGCAUUUGCAAUUCCGGCGUCAGCCACCAUCCAUGAAUCAUUAUAGUAUGCUUAGCAUUUUUGAAUGCACGACUGACGUUCCACAUGUGAUCUCGAGCAUCUACCAUCCACUGAACAGCGACAUUUGUUCUAACAGGAGCAUAACUAUCAAAUCGAUGAAGCUCGCACCAGGAGGUUAGACCUUGAGCAACUUGAACACUAUUUAUAAACUGUUGAAGCCAACGUCCGCUUCGAACAGACAGUUUAAUGACUUUUUGCUUAUUUUUUAUUUUGAAGGUGUGAUGUGAAACUCGGAUUUUUUCUUGUGUAUCUUUAGGGUGUGACUUUCUAAACUUCUUCCUAGUGAUUUCAAAAUCAACGUCCCAAAUAAAUACGUCCAUUGGUUCAAAGGAGUGCAUGCUAUCGCAAAAUAUAAUAGAGCUUUCAGAGACAAUGAUCCAAAAGGGAUGUAAACGGGAACGGACUGAAGGUCCAGAGCAGCAAAGUAUACUUUGCGAGGCAGAAUAGUUUUUCCUGACAGUAGCGUAACCUUCUUUACCAUGAAAUCUUCGGGAACUAGCCAAACGUAGUCCCAAGUUACUCAUUUCUAAAAAUGUGUAUAAAACAUUAACCUCCGGAAAAAAUUGAAGACAAUUAAUCAUAUCUUGUAAAUACUUUCCAAGUGUAUUACCCUGUAUAGUCCAAAAGUUUGCAACUUUUUUCUUGACACCGCUAUUACCCCGAUUAUUGUUUUGUUGUGGGAUAUCAGCGGAUUGCGAUUCUAUUGAUAUACUG